AAGUCAUGCUUGCUACCACAAGACCAGCUCUCCUCUGCAGAGAGUGGACAGAGAGAGAAUUUUCUCCCUCUCUCACAACACUAAAACCAGGGGUCAUCCCAUGAAACUGAAGGCUGGGAAAUCUAGGACCGACAAUAGGAAGCACUUUUUCACACAGGGAGAAUUAAUCUAUGGAAUUCUCUUCCACAGGAUGUGAUGGCCACUAGCUUGGGUGGCUUUAAAAGGGGCUCAGACGAAUUCAUGGAGGACAGGACUAUCUACUAAUCUGAGGGCUAUAGGUCACCUCCAGCCUCUGAGUACCAGUUGCAGGGGAGCAACAGCAGGAGAGAGGGCAUGCCCUAAACUCCUGCCAGUGGGCUUCCAGCAGCAUCUGGCGGGCCACUGUGUGAAACAGGAUGCUGGACUAGAUGGGUCUCCUUGGGCCUGAUCCAGCAAGGCUCUUCUUAUGUCCUCAUCCCCAGCACAGCAUCCCUCCAGUGGCUGUUGCUGGCAUCUGUCUUCUGUUUCUUAUUUAGAUGGUGAGCCCUUUAGGGACAGGGAGCCAUCUUUAUUUAUUUAUAUCCAUGUAAACCACUCUGGGGACUAUGGUUGAAAAGCGGAAUAUAACUCUCUGUCGUACUUGUGUGCCCAGCCGUUUUUGGCCAUUAUGCCUGGGGGUGAUGGUAGGAGCUGUAGUCCAUCAACGUCUGGGGGUCUGAGUUUGAGAACCUGUGAGGUAUGGGAUUGGGCUGUAGGUGGCGCUAGAUAGCUAAGCCGCUCUCUCUUGGCCUCUGCAUGGGGAGAAGGCUACAGAGACCAGACUUUGCUGGUCUCGUAGCCACUGGUCAGGAACUGGCUGGAAGGAAAGCAGCUUAUGGGGGGAGAGGGGCAUAGCCAGAAGGUGAAGCAGUGGUUGUAGUAAGGGUCUUAUCACCUAUUCCUUUCCCCCUUCAGCUAUCCCCCUUCUCAUACUGGUUUUUUGCAGAGGAGAAGGAGCAGCUGGGGUGUCUGUGCGUGUGGUCCUAAAUAACACUAUCUCUCUAAUGCUUAUUUUAUUUUUAUCCUACUCUUUGAGGAACAUAGGAAGCUGUCUUUUACUGAGUCAGACCAUUGGUCCAUCCAGCUCAGUAUUGUCUGCUCUGACUGGCAGCAGCUCUCAAAGGUGUCGGGCAAGAGUGUUUCCCACGCUUUCCAUGCAGAUUACAGGGAGUGACCCUGGGGCCGUCUGCAGGCAGAUGCUCUACCACUGAGCUAUGGCCCCAUCCCAUGAGAGGGAUAUCUUACAGUGCUCAUAGGUAGUUACCCAUCCAAAUGCAAACAAAGGUGAUCCCUGCUUAGCAAAGGAAACCUAUUUAUGCUUGCUGCCACCUUAAAGCAAAUGCAUUAAGACAAUGCCACGUAACCUGCAUGCAGCGGGGAAAUGACUUGACUAGCAAGCCAGAGGUUGCCGGUUCGAAUCCCCGCUGGAAACACCUAUAUUGGGCAGCAGCGAUAUACAAAGAUGCUGAAAGGCAUCAUCUCAUACUGAGAUGGCAAUGGUAAACCCCUCCUGUAUUCCGCCAGAGACAACCACAGGGCUCUGUGGUCUCCAGAACAGUGGACACCGACUUGACAGCACACCUUUACUACUUUAGAGUGCUGGACUAGGACCGGGGAGACCUGAGUUCAAAUCCCCAUUCAGCCAUGAAACUAGCUGGGUGACUCUGGGCCAGUCACUUCUCUCUCAGCCUAACCUACUUCACAGGGUUGUUCUGAGGAGAAACUCAAGUAUGUAGUAUGAAACUUUCAAGUAUGAAACUCUGGGCUCCUUGGAGGAAGAGCGGGAUAUAAAUGUAAAAAAUAAUAAUAAAUAAAUAAAAGACUAGCUCUUCUCCACACAUGCCCCCCCCCACUCACCGUGCUAUUUUAAUCCUUACAACCCCCCUGCAAGGUAGAUUAGACCGAGCGGUAGCAGUUGGCACCAGAUUUCCCAGCAAACCUCACAGCUGAGUUCAGACUAUGCCUGCAAAAUGCUCCCAGGCCUUGGAAUGCACUCUGUAAAUGUCAAGCAUUCUUCCAGGGAUCAAAUUCUUUCUCAGAUUUAUUUUUUCAAAGCCGCCAGGGUCUCUGGGUGACAGUUUCCUCUCCGGAGAUGAAGCCAAUACAGUUUUUCUCAAGCUGGUUAGGGGACGUUGAGCCGAUUCCCUUCUCUUGUGAAUGUCCCUCGACCGAUGACAGAAAUAUGCCGCCUUGACCUACGCCCUGUCUCCGAGAGCAGAUAAACCCGUUGUCGAAAAGAGAACUUCUGCCCCACGGAUGCUGAGUGAGUGUGUUGUGUCUCCACCAGGGGGACGGCCAGUUCCUUCUCGCAAAGCCUGUCCCUAUGCACUCCCGGUCAUUCAGCUGCUUGCGCUUCGUGGGACGGGCGUGCAGACCUCGACUUCUUGCUCUUACCUGGACCUUGGAGGUUCUCGGAAAAACCUCACCGAUUGAGAUGAACACCUGUUCUCUUUGCCUGUUGCAUUUUUCCUUCUGUGUUGGCUUUUGAGGACUCUUAACGUCACGAAAGGAGUUCCGAUUCUGCACCACGGAAUGCUGGAUGUUUGCUGGUUGCUUUAUUUCUUCCUGUUUACAUGAUGUGGGGCCUUCAGCUGUUGCGUCUGUUCUCCAACUCUCGCUGCCUACUGAAGACAGGCCUCAAGUGCCGGGCAUCAUGGCGGUUUAACGUCAGACUGACGCGUCCAGGUUCAGCCUGCUGGCAUCACACAGCCCCAGAAUCUCUCAGCUGUGCCUGGCAAUUACACGAUGAUCACUUGGAACUGAAGUACAGGGACACCCUCAUGCGCUUUGACUACGUCUGGCUCCGUGAUCACUGCCGCUCCGCCUCCUGCUACAACACCAAGACCAACCAGCGCAGCCUGGAUACGGCCAGCGUGGACCUGCGCAUCAGCCCAAAGGGUGUCCGGGUGGACGAGACCACGCUCUUCCUAACAUGGCCGGACAACCACGUGACCAGGUACGGGCUGGAGUGGCUCCUGAAGAACAGCUACGAGGGCCAGAAGCAGCAGGUUAUGCAUCCGCGCAUCCUCUGGAACGCCCAGAUCUACCAGCAUGCCGAGGUGCCUUCUGUGGACUGCCAGAGUUUCCUGGAGACCAACGAGGGCCUGAAAGAGUUCCUGCAGAACUUUCUGCUCUAUGGGAUUGCUUUUGUCGAGAACGUUCCCCCGACAAAAGAGGACACGGAGAUCUUAGCAGAGAGGAUCAGUUUGAUAAGAGAGACCAUCUAUGGCAGAAUGUGGUACUUCACGUCCGACUUCUCCCGGGGAGACACGGCCUACACCAAGCUGGCUUUGGACCGUCACACGGACACCACCUACUUCCAGGAGCCCUGUGGCAUCCAGGUGUUCCACUGCCUCCGCCACGAAGGGACAGGCGGCCGGACGCUGCUGGUGGACGGCUUCUACGCGGCCGGGCAGGUCCUCCAGCGAGCCCCGGAGGACUUCGAGCUGCUGGCCAAGGUGCCGCUGAAGCACGAGUACAUCGAGAGCGUGGGGGGCUGCCACAACCACAUGAUCGGGGUGGGCCCCGUCCUGAAUGUCUACCCUUGGAACAACGAGCUCUACCUGAUCAGGUACAACAACUACGACCGAGCUGUCAUUAACACAGUGCCUUAUGACACCGUGCACCGCUGGUACACCGCACACCGGACUCUCACCACCGAGCUGCGGAGGCCGGAGAACGAGCUGUGGGUCAAGCUGAAGCCAGGCAAGGCCCUCUUUGUGGACAACUGGCGGGUCCUGCACGGCCGGGAGUCCUUCACGGGCUACCGCCAGCUCUGCGGCUGCUACCUGACGAGAGACGACGUGCUGAACACGGCCCGCUUCCUGGGCCUCCAGGCCUGACGCGCUGAGCCCGAGAGCGUCUUGCAUACCUCAAGAGACCUGACCUCCACCCCAAGAGGAGGGGGGGGGGUCCCCACAGCAUUACUUGAUUGUCCGCUGCCCAAUACGCAUCACUGCCCUUUGGAUCCGCGUGUGCUCUCUCUGCCUGUGCGUCUGGUUCUCCUUGGCUUGAGCAGGGCAGAGCUGGGCCUGCCUCGACACCCGAAAGCGGCAGCGGCCCUGGCCGUCUUUCGCCAGCAGGCCGUUCGCUGUCACUCCGGACUUGGUCCCGGCACAACCUUUCAAGCGGGAGCCUCUCUCCUGCCGAAUGUCAAGCCGCAGCAGAGCCGAUGCGUCGCCGGGCUCUUUCUCAGGCCUUAAGCACUUCCAAACCAGCGUCCCCCCACCCACCCGCCUGCCCCAUGCCAGGAGGGCUAGGAUUCUGCGCGUCCUUCCUCUCUGCUGGCGGCCUCAGCUUUCCACGGGAUGGGGAAGCUGCCCGAGGGACCUUUGCAGCAAAGACAGGGAGGGAAGCAGCCGGUCUGGAGAAGGAAGGUGGUGCUGAUGGUCUUUCCUUCGCUCUGCCUACCAAGUAGGGUUGCUGGUGCAAUACUCUCCAUCUUCUUCUCCUGUUUCUGUCUCGUACACCUGGGGCUUCUGGGGCUGCCCCCGUCGUGCCAUCCUGCCCGCUUUAGUUUUUUUUGGGGGGGGGGGACACAGCAGGUGACGUGUGGUUUCAUUCAGUCCCCCUUGCCUUGUCCUUCCUGCUCUGGCCUUCCAGGAAUGUUCUGAUUCUACUCCCCUGCCAAUGCAAGGUGAGGGGGCCGUGCCUGUCAGGAACGGGAAAUCGGUGGCGGAGGCCGGAAGACGCUGGAAAAAUACCUCGGGCAAUUAGAAGAAAAACUUGCCGGGCUUUGUACUCCUGGAGUGGAAGACCUCUUGGCGGGGUCAGCAAAAUGUGUUUGUGUUUGGGGUUAGUGCAGACCCCCAACUAAUUGUUGAUCUUACCAUAUUUACCUGAAUCCAAGACUAGGUUUUUGCCCAAUUCCUCAAUGCUAGAGAUCGGGGCGGGGGGGGUGUCUUAAAGUCAGAAUCCUCUUCCUUUGGGGUAAAUACAGGUAUAACUUAAACAUAACCUCUUUUUUAAAGGGGGGGGGUGUCAUCUUAAAUUCUGAGUCUCCUCCUGUUCAAGUAAAUGCGGUAAUCGCACCGUGUGGAGGUGGCUGUCCCGGGUGCUGUGCUUUGCUGCAGGGGCUUUCAGGGAAGCAGAGCACCGUCUCGCAAGGCAUGCAGGGAGCUCUGGGAAAAGGAGUCCUUCCCGGUAUUUCUCCUGUUGAGGUGGAGCCAGGUUGAAGUGGGUCCUGGGAUAAGAAGUUAAGAUGUGCACUCUCCUUCUUUUCUCCAGACUUGUUGAAACUGCCACGCCACCCCCCGCCCAAUCUUUUUCUGGGUCUUCCCCUUUACAAAUAUCCUCUACUCCAGCAGUUUGCCAGGGAGACCGGGUGGGAGACCGAAGAGCUGGCUGUCUCCCAGUAGGGAUGUGCACGAACUAGUUUGAUGCCUCCUUUGGGAAGCGUCGAACCGGCUCGGGUGCCCGCAGCCGAAUCGGUUCAGCAGGACAGGGAGCGGUUCCCUUAAGAAGCAGGUCCUUACCUGCCCUGCUGCUUUUCCAUGCGCGGCGCUUGCUCUGCCAGUGCGUGGCAUUGGCGUGUGCAGGGCCUCUGCGCGUGCCUAUCUUGCUUUUUAAGGGAACCACUCCCUGCCCCGUCUGUUCUCACCGCUUGUCCAUUCUGCACAAGCCAUUUGCGCACAUGCCUACUUCCCAGCUUAAAACUCCCCUAAUCCCUGGCUGUUGGCCACUGUGGCUGGGGAUUAUGGGAGUUGUCGUCUGAAAAAAAAGAUGGCGGGGGGAACAAAGUUGAGCAGGCCUGAAUUAGAGCUGUCCCCCACCUGUAGGGAAAUUGCUGUCAAGAACUACACUUCCCAGCACUCCCUGUUUGUCUUCUAAGAUGUGGAUGUAGGCCCCUCGGGCCCCCCUGGGGGAAACGCAGCUCUGUGCAGGGGCCAGUGUGGUGAGAAAUUGCUUUCACCUUGAGCAUUGUUUGCCGAAGUCCUUCCCACCAUGGAGAACAGUGAAGAUUCGUGGCCCGUGGGGUUCUGCCGUCUCCGCAGGUGUGUUUCAUGCCAGGCACUUAGCAGAAGAAGCCACCGCGCCAUUUCUGGGCUCCGCAUAGCUGCGGAAGCUGCGUUCAGCAUCUCCGCCUCGCCGCAUCCAGAGGAAAAGAGCCCAUGGACUAGAAGAAGGGCAUCUCUGGAGAUGGCGGCCUCUCGGGCUGAAUGACCUGGUGGUCGUGAAUCUUGGCAAUGUAAGUGGUGAUGCAAGAAGCCACGUCUCUCUCGCCACUCGCAAGAAAAGAGCCCCUCGGGCCAGCCAGAGACCUGCUCUUUGUCCCUGACUUGAAGGGAAAGGACCCGUCUCUCUCGCCCAUGGAAGCAUUGUUUAAAAUGAAAGGCCUUUGGUAGACCGUGGGUGCUGAUCCCCGAUUCCCAGAUGUUGUGGACUGCACCUCCCAGCAUCCUCAGCUGCAGUGGCCUUUGGCUGGGGAUUAUGGGAGUUGUGAUCCACAACCUCUGGGACUUAUUGUUACUCCCCAUCUCCAUGAAAUGUCAUGCAACGUCCUUUUUCUUUCUUUCUCUGUGUGUGCGUUUAAUACCACAAUGUAUUUGGAGUCCAAUGUCCAAAGGAUGUCAGAUUAUUCUGAACUGCAAGCGGAGGGGGAUUCGUCCAUGAGCCCAGCCCAUCCAUUUUGGCCAUCAGCACCGUCUUGGGGGCUGAAUGGUUAUAGUGAUAUUUGGCAACAUUGACCUCCCCGGAGAUUAGGGUUGCCAUCUUCUGGCUUUCCAAAUCCGGGAGCCUUAUUUGCAUAUUAUUAUGUAAAUUGGCUUGGAAAUAAUUUUUGAGCAGAAUAGUGACUACACAUUUUGCUCCAUAACUCUGCUUCUACAAGGGCUAGAGCUUAGCUCUCCCCCGCCACCUUUAAAAAAAAGAAAGAAAGCUGAAAUCCGGUCGAAUCUGGGUGAGAUGCUUAAAAUCCGGGUCAAACCCGAAAUUCCAGGGGGCAUGGCAACUCUACCGAAGUUGGAAAAGAGGUGGUUGCACUUACAGCGUGUUCUCACCUCUUCUUUAGCCCUACUCCGAAAUGAUUUCUCUCAACUUGCGUGCAUCUUUGUUCUGCUUUCCGAGCCCUGAAGAGAUUUGAAUUCCUCUGGGGUCACUUCCCUUUUCAGCAUCAAAGUUUUAUUUGCAGGGUUGUGUUACCCCUUUGGGGAGGCACCCGUUUGUGCCGUUAGCACCAGUGUGUGAUCCCCAUGGGUCAUAAAUCUUCAGCUAGAGAUGUGUGAGCCGGCUCAGUUUGGGGGGUCUGAAUUCGAACCGGACUGGCCCCCGGUUCAAAGAACCGGCUCGUGGUCCGGCUCAGGUAUACUUUUAAAGGGAGGAUUCCCCUUUACAAGUAAAGGGCAUCCCUAAUCUAAAUUGUAAAGGUGACGCAGGGUGGGGGGGGUGCUAAAUAAAGUGGCUUCUGUCGGCCUCCGUACCUUUAGAGGCAACAGGACUCCUCCAAGCCCCCCACCGGUCUCCCAAAUGACAGUCUGGGCCGGUUGCAUUACAGCCUCCUCUCACUACCCAGCUCCUUCCCUAUACAUAUUUUACGUAGGGCGACUUAGCCUUCAUUUUGCUUCCCCACCCUCCCGCCACCAGCCUACUGUAAAUCUAUGCAGUUGUCACUCCGGACGGGAGCGGCUCUUGCCUCGAUCGGAUUCCCAUCAGGCUUUGUACUCGACUCUCUUUUUGCAGUUCCCUCUCUUUACUUGCUAAUAAAAGAUCAGUGGCAUUUCUUGCUGGA